AUGGAUGUUCUUGAGAAGGAGAUCAUUAAGCUGCAGAGGGAUUCCAGCUUUGAUCAAAGUAUUGAGGAUGUGGAUAAGAUCAUACAGCAACUGGAAAAAGCAAGAGAUGCUAUUGAAUCAGAACCUCAUUUCGCUUCCAUAACUUUGACCAAACUCCAGCACCCAUUGAAGAAUGGCUUUGAGAAAGUUAAUGAUGAUAUAAAGAAGAUCCAUAAAGCACAUGUGAUGCAUGCUUAUGUUCAUACAUAUAAAACUCGAGCUGACCAUCCAUUCCCUAGAAUCUGCCAAAAACAAACAUUACUCAACGAAAUCGAUGCUCUUGCAAAUCAUACCGAACUCGUAAAUCGAGCUAUUACCAUGCACCUUUUACGCGAAGGACAAUUCGAAGUAGCAUCAACAUUCUACGAAGAGUUACGAGAUAUGAAAAAGAAUGGCUCGGGUCCAGGAGCAGAUCCAAACUUGCUUGCGCCAGAGAACGAGGCUGUGGACGAAGGACUCCAAGGCGAAUUCGAAACCAUGUAUAAUAUCUUACACCAGCUCAAAGAGCGGAACCUCCGUCCAGCAAUAGAAUGGGCACAAAAGAACAGCAGAGAACUCGAAACUCGAGGUAGUAAUCUUGAAUUUGAACUCAGCAAACUCCAAUUUGUUUGGUUAUUUCUGGGUCCCGAGGCGAACGGUCUUCCAGAUGAUGAAUAUAAUGGUCUACCAGGUGCACUUCAAUAUGCUCGUGAUUACUUUCCUCGAUUUCAAAGCCGGUUCCUCGAAGAAAUUCAGCAACUCAUCACAGCCAUGGUCUUCGAAUCUAAUCUUCAAAUAUCCCCUUAUCGACAAACUUUCGACACCUCCAGCUCCUGGUCUGAAGUCUGCACCUCCUUCACCCGCGAAUUCUGUUCGCUUCUUGGCCUAUCUGCCGAAUCUCCGCUUUAUCUCGCCGUAACAGCUGGGGCCAUCGCUCUCCCUACCCUCAUAAAACUCGCUACGAUCCAAAAAACAAAACGUACGAAUUGGACAACGGAUACAGAACUUGCGGUAGAGAUACCAUUGCCGAGAAGCAUGAUAUUCCAUCCUAUUUUCGUAUGUCCGGUGAGCAAGGAGCAAACGAAUGAAUCCAAUCCGCCAAUGAUGUUACCUUGUGGUCAUGUGGUUGCAAAGGAGAGUUUACAGAAAUUGAGUAAAGGUGGGAGAUUCAAGUGUCCAUAUUGUCCAGUUGAGAGUCAGAUGAAGGAGGCAAGGCAGAUCUACUUGUAG